CGGCAACAUUGAUAAACAAUUGUGUUAAAUUUGUAUUUUCUUUAACCAAUUUGAAUAAAACGGGGUGACCAACACGAUGUCACAUCCCGUUCAGACCAAAGAACAUCCACGCAAGUAUCCGUUUGUCCACAUGCGCAUAGCGGAUCACUCAGUGCUGGACACAAUAGAGGGACGUCACAAUUGCCGGCACUGCAAUCGCUCCAGGAAGUUCUUCUGCUACAGCUGCUACGUUCCCGUGGGAGAGCUGGGACAGCUGCUGCCUCGGGUGGAAUUGCCAAUCCAAAUAGACAUAAUCAAGCACAAGAAGGAGAUUGAUGGCAAGAGCACGGCGGUGCAUGCGGCAGUGCUAGCUCCCGACAAUGUGCGAAUCUACACAUAUCCAGAUAUACCCGAUUACAGAGAGAAAGACGGUGCGGUGCUCAUCUUUCCCAGUGCAACGAGUCUCACAGUGCCGCAGCUGUUUGAACGCAAUGUUCAGCUGAAGAUUGACGACAACUAUGGACUGCCCAAAGGCCAUCACAUGGGAACAAUGCUGCGACGACGAAUGGACGAGGUUGUGGGUGAAACUGAAUCGGAGCAAGGCUCAAAACGCUACACAUACGACAAUUUGCCCAUCCGUCGAGCUAUUUUCAUUGACAGCACCUGGAACCAGAGUCGAAGCAUCUAUGCGGACGAACGUGUUCGUCGCCUGCGCACUGUGGUCCUCCAGAAUCGCUUGUCGCAGUUCUGGCGUCAUCAGCGAGGAAGUCCCCGUUGGUAUCUGGCCACUAUCGAGGCCAUUCAUCAGUUCCUGCUGGAGCUGCACGUGAACGCGUGGGGUCUCAACGCGGAAUACCGAGGAUUGGACAACCUAGAGAUUACCGAGGGCUUCCACCAGCUGGCAGCUCCUCUGACGAUGCAAGCUCCCACAGAAUGCAUUAAUCGCGAGUCUCCAUAUAAUGGACACUAUGACAAUAUGUUGUUUUUCUUUGCAAACAUGUAUGAUCUCAUACACAAGUACUAUGAUCACAACGAUCUAAUAUCGUACCGUCGUCCAAUUUAAGUUUUGUUAAUUUAUUUUAAAGUGGAAUAAAACUCAAAGUUACUUUUA